CGGGGUUGGUCGACGGCGCGGGAAAACUAAAAGCAAAACAGCGACCCGUGGUGUUAAACACCAUUUGAGUGCUAUUUUCGUAUUUUUCAACGAACGGAAGACAAAACAGCAGUGUUUAGGAGUAGUUAAAUGCAGAAGUUCAGAAGGAUCCUCAAUGGCGUCUUUUUUGCCUGCUGUUGCUGAACAGCUUUUGAAAGAUGUACAGAAGACGUAUUCAGAGAAAUCCCAAAUACCUGAUGACCUACUUAUAGCGUUACGGUUUGUGUUUGGCUCCUGUACUCUGCAGGCUUUGGAUCUAGUGGACCAGCGCUCAGUAACAUGUGUGUCUUCCUCGAGUGGCCGAAAAGUGUUCCAGGUAUUGGGUGGAUCAGGCCGUCUGUAUACAUGCUAUACAUCCUGUCAUUAUUGCCCCUGUCCUGCCUUCUCUUUCUCUGUGCUCAGGAGAAAUGAAAGUCUAGUGUGUAAGCACAUCUUGGCAGCCUACCUGUGCCAGGUCAUGGGCUUGUGCCAGCAAGAGCAGGUCUCAGAUCAGCACAUGACCCUCAUCCUCUCAGGAAGAGCCCAGCCAGAUCCAUAAAAGCACCAUUGUGAAAGAAAACAGCCCAUCUGUGUAGCAUUGUAGGUUCCUCUACAGUAGGUGCCGUGUGAUUGGAUGUAAAAAGGCGAAGGGUUUUUCCGUGUAAGAUUCCCAUUACAUUUUCCUGUCCAAACGCUGUGAAGCUGUGCACCAAACUUGAUCUUAAAUAUGUAUAUAUUCAAA